AUGAGAUACCUGAGAAAUGACUACCCACGCCCCUUCCUCGAACAACUCAACGAAAUCUACGACGUCAUGCCCCCAGUCCCACCAGCACACGUCUACAUCGUCACGACAAAAAACUUCGAGGAUAAGGCAAACCCAAAGUAUACCAUAGUCGGGACCCACCACUCACUCAUCGUUGCCCACCGGCAAGCCACCGACAUUUUCAAGAGAAAGUACCUCAUGUGGUUCAUGCAGUCGCUCGAAUUUGAAAACUGGGCUCGCGAUGACGAGAGCACUAGGGGCUCGAAUCCUGGGGGCUUCGACCAGGUCGUGACCUGGGAGGUGUAUGACAGUGGGAGACUGGACCUUGAGGCUUGGAAGAAGUCUGAGGUGAAUCCUGGCAGAACUGAGUUGUGGGGUUCGGUUGGGGUGGAGUAUCAUCGUAUUCAUGGAAUUUGA